ACAAUGGAACAAAGCGGACAGGACUCCUGGCGACGAGGAAGGAAAUGGGUUGCCUUCGUGUUGGCUGUGACUUUGAUUUUAGGCAAGGCCUCUGGACAGAUAAGAUAUUCUAUAUCGGAAGAAAUCAAAGAAGGAACCGCUGUCGGGAACAUAGCGAAGGAUCUGGGAAUUGAUCCAAAUAUAUUAAAAGCGAGGGGAUUUCGCAUUGUUUCUAGCUCCACUGAAUCCCUUUUCCAGGUAAACCAAAAUGAUGGGAUCUUAUACGUAAAUCGUAACAUUGACCGAGAAGAAAUAUGCCAGCGGACCAAUGUAUGUUUGAUAAACCUUAAAAGCGUGCUAGAGAAUCCACUGGAGAUCCAUUAUGUUGCAGUGGAAGUGUUAGACGUGAACGACCAUUCGCCCUCUUUCCCAGAGAACAACAAAAGGCUAGAGAUUUCAGAGUCCACUUUACCCGGAACGAGGUUUCAGCUGCAUGCUGCUCUCGAUCCAGAUGGCGGUGCGAAUUCAAUUCAACAGUAUAAACUAAGUCCAAAUAAUAAUUUUCGGCUAGAAGUGAAAGAUCGUGGGAAAGAUGGAAAAGUGCCUGUUUUACAAGUACAAAGCCCAUUAGAUAGAGAAGCAUCUAGCAGCCAUAAACUGCUGCUGACAGCCUUGGAUGGGGGUAAACCUCCCAAAUCAGGUACCAUGGAGAUAUUAAUAGAUGUUUUAGAUGUGAAUGACAAUGCUCCAGUGUUUACAAAAGAUGUCUAUUCAGCAGAGAUAAACGAGAAUUCACCAACUGGCACUAUAGUCAUACGAGUAAACGCCACUGAUUUAGAUGAAGGUUUAAAUGGCGAAGUUAGUUAUUCUUUUGGAAAUGUAAAUAGCAAAGUGCGCGAACUGUUUGAUGUCGACCCGAGCACAGGUGAAAUAACUGUGAAAGGACAACUGGACUACGAAGUGGAUGACAGUUAUGAGAUAGAUAUCCAAGCAUCUGACAGCGGCGCUGUUCCCUUUAGAACGGAAAAAAGCGUUACUGUAAAUAUUAAAGACAUAAAUGACAAUGCACCUGUGAUUGACGUAACGUCACUGUCCGACAAAAUAUCUGAGGAUUCUAGGCCAGGAACGACGGUAGCACUGCUUAGUAUCACCGAUCUGGAUUCUGGCGUGAACGGAAAAGUUAUCAGCUUUGUAAAAGGCGAUGCACCUUUCACACUAACGCCUUCAAUACAGGACAACAUGUACGCUGUUGUGACAAAGUCACUGCUCGACAGGGAAAAGCAAUCCAUGUAUGAUGUAACAGUAAUCGCGAAAGAUGCAGGUGAACCUGCGUUAACAUCCGAAAAGACUUUAAGAGUUGUUGUAUCCGAUGUAAACGAUAAAAGCCCUGAGUUUUCAAUGAGCCGAUAUAAUUUUUAUGUCAGUGAGAAUAACCCCCCAGGAGUGUCGAUAUUUUCUGUAAUCGCGUCUGAUCGUGAUGAAGGAGACAAUGCUCUGAUAUCCUAUCAUAUUCUCAGAGAUGGAAGAGAAGAAAACAAAGUGACGUCAUUUCUUAACAUAAACUCUGAAACUGGAGACAUUAUGGCGCUGAAAAGUUUUGACUUUGAAACACUGAAAACUUUCCAGUUCCACGUUGUUGCGUCAGAUUCUGGAACUCCGUCACUGAGCAGCAACGUCACGGUCAACGUGUUCAUUCUGGAUCAGAACGACAACGCUCCAGUCAUCCUCUAUCCACUCAGCUCUAACGGUUCUGCUGAAGGUGUGGAGGAGAUUCCCCGCAAUGUCAACGCAGGACACUUGGUGACUAAAGUCAGAGCCUAUGACGCUGAUAUAGGAUAUAACGGCUGGUUACUCUUUUCACUGCAGGAAGUUACUGACCACAGUCUCUUUGCUUUGGACCGCUACACAGGACAGAUCAGAACACUUCGCUCAUUCACAGAGACAGACGAGGCUGAGCACAAACUGCUCGUACUGGUCAAAGACAAUGGCAACGUCUCACUCUCAGCAACAGCUACUGUCAUUGUCAAAGUUGUGGAGCCCAAAGAGGCUUUUGCUGCUUCUGAUGUUAAAACUUCAGCAAAAGCAGAUGAAGAUGAUAACGUGACUUUUUACCUGAUGAUAACUUUGGGCUCAGUGUCUGUGCUUUUUCUCAUCAGUAUCAUUGUGCUGAUUGCAAUGCAGUGCUCAAAGUCCACUGACUAUACUUCUAAAUAUCUACAAGAGACUAAUUAUGAUGGGACACUGUGUCACAGCAUCCAGUACAGAUCUGGAGACAAACGCUACAUGUUAGUUGGACCCAGAAUGAGUAUAGGAUCUACUAUAGUCCCUGGAAGCAAUGCAAAUACCUUGGUUAUGCCUGACAGGAGAAGAACAUCUAUAGAGGUAAGACUUUAA